AUGAGCGAUGAUGGGGAACAGCCGCCAUUAAAGAGGCAACGUUUCUUUUCCGACAGCCAGCUCUCGCCCUUACCAAUACAAACCCGAGACACCAACGCGUCGUUUCGUGAAACCGAAGCAAGCUCCGAGCAAUUGCCUGCGGAGGACAAAGAGAACAGCGGGUUUGAUGUGGAGCUUUUUACCAGCAUAAUUGGAGAAACACUCCCAUCCGAGUCUAUCACAAUAAUACGAAAAGCCGCCUCGUGCAACAUCGAACGAGCUGUGAACAUAUACUUUGAUGGAUCAUGGAAGAAGCCUGGGAGGGUCAACGUCAGCCCUGCCAGCCAAGCUCAACAGAAUGGACAUCAAAUAAAAGCGGAACUUGGGGUUGGAAGAUUACGGGAGUCCAUUAAGCAACAGUCGAAGGGUGGUCUCAUGGAAAGUGAAUCCCUCGUUCAGCAGCAGCCACUUUCCCGAUACGUUGGAGCAUUUGGGGUGGGUGGAUGGGCAACUCGGAGUGGAUUGGCAUGUCUUAAGCAUGGUGAAACCGUGAAUAUCGAGCGAGCUCGAUCUCAGCCAACAUUAAAACGUGGUCGUGGGGGGAAGUCUUUCAUGAACAACAAGAGUGACGUUCUCACUCGCUUCACGAACAUGGCAGGUCAAGAAAUCGGACGUCUUCCACAUGAGACAGCUGAGUGGGUGUCCACCCUGAUUGACCAGAAGAUCUGUCAAUUCGAAGGCGUCUGCGUGUUUGUUCCUGACAGGGUCCGCGUCAACGAUACCAUUUACCUGCAAUUGAGAGUCUUCAUGCGCCGUGAGGCAUUUCAACGCGGAGCAUUUGCGGCAUUACACAAGAACGACAAUAGGUCAACCGGUUUGUUCGAAGAAAAGGAGAGCACAGAAGAAAAGAAUUUACGACUGCGCCAAGUGGCUCUUGUAAAAUUGUUCCAUGAGAUCAACCUUCAUCCCACCUCGACAAAUCCGACUACUGAGAAACAUAAACGAGAUGGUAUCUUACGUGCUGCCGAGAUUGCAGACCAAUACGACAGCACCAAGAAAGACAAGUCAAAAUCAGCGAAAGAUCCCAACGACUCCUCCGAUGAAGACUCAACCGAAGAAUUGGAGGACGACCAACUAGAUGCCCUCUACCGCAAAGCUCAGUCAUUUGAUUUCAACAUGCCUGGGGCCGAUCCUGCACCCAGCUUCUCACUUGAUUUAAGAAAAUAUCAACGACAGGCUCUCCAUUGGAUGCUCUCCAAGGAAAAAGACUCAAAUCAAGCCCGAGAAAAGUCGAUGCAUCCCUUAUGGGAGGAGUAUACAUGGCCCACGAAGGAUGUGGAUGACAAGGAUGUGCCUCAAGUUCCAAGGAUUGAUCAUUUCUACGUCAAUCCAUAUUCGGGUGAUCUCAGUGUCGACUUUCCUGCACAAGAGCAACGCUGUCAAGGUGGAAUUCUCGCGGACGAGAUGGGACUUGGUAAAACCAUCGAAAUGCUCAGUUUGGUCCAUUCCCAUAAAGUUGAACCAGAUCCGCAAGUAGCGAACGGUCUUGCCUCGGUGAAUGAUUUAGCAAGAAUGCCAAGCUCUACUGGAGUAAUUCCUGCGCCAUAUACCACACUAGUCGUUGCCCCAACUUCGUUGAUCUCUCAAUGGGAAAGUGAGGCACUAAAAGCCGGAACCUUGAGGGUUCUCGUAUACUAUGGUGCAGACAAGUCUAACAACUUGAGAGACAUCUGCUGCGAGUCCAAAUAUGCAACGGCGCCUCAAGUGAUUGUCACUAGCUAUGGUGUCGUGCUGUCAGAAUUCCGCGCUCUCGCUCUCCAGUCUGCACUGGGGGCCAGUGCAAAUGGUGGUCUAUUCUCUGUCAACUUCUUCCGAGUCAUCCUCGACGAAGCCCAUGUCAUCAAGAACCGUCGAUCCAAAUCAGCGCAAGCAUGCUGCGAGCUGCAGGCAGCUCAUCGAUGGGCUCUGACUGGCACGCCAAUUGUCAAUCGGCUCGAAGACCUGUUCAGCCUGGUGCGUUUCCUCAAAGUUGAACCGUGGAGUAAUUUCUCUUUCUGGAAGACUUUCAUCACCGUACCAUUUGAAUCUAAAGAGUACGUUCGUGCACUGAACGUAGUUCAAAGUGUUUUGGAGCCCCUUGUGCUUCGACGAACAAAGUCAAUGAAGACUCCAGAAGGCGAGCCUUUGGUUCCCUUACCGCGGAAGACUAUUACCAUCGAGGAAGUAGAGCUUCCAAAACAAGAACGAGAGAUUUAUGACUGUAUAUUCACUCGUGCCAAACGAACGUACAACGAUAAUGUCGAAGCUGGAACACUUUUGAAAUCCUAUAGUACUAUUUUUGCGCAGAUCCUUCGACUUCGCCAGACCUGCUGCCAUCCUGUGCUGACACGCAACAAAUCAAUCGUUGCAGACGAGGAGGACAGGGCGGUGGCUGCAGAUGCCACAAAUGAGUUCAAGGACGACAUGGAUCUUCAAGAACUGAUCAACCAGUUCAAUGCUGAAAAUGAGAAUGCCGAUUCUCAAGAGCGCCCCGGCGCAACGGUCAAGUUUACAACACACGCUCUCCGUCAAAUCCAAACCGAGUCCAGCGGAGAGUGUCCAAUUUGCUGCGAAGAGCCUAUGAUUGAUCCUGCGGUAACUGCAUGUUGGCAUAGUGCUUGCAAAAAGUGCCUUGAAGACUUCAUGCAACAUCAAAUGAACAAGAAUGUUGAGGCAAGAUGCUUCAACUGCCGUGCCCCGGUCGACGCAAAGAACAUCUUCGAGGUCGUCAGGCAUCCAUCCUCACACUCAACUCCUCUUGAUGACGAUAUCGCGAGCAGCACAUCACCAACCAACUCCCAGCCCGCACCUCGCAUUUCUCUCCGCCGCAUCUAUCCUCUAUCUCCAUCCGCACAUACCUCCGCCAAGAUCCACGCUCUCAUCAACCAUCUCUGCCGCAUUUCCCCCAACACAAAAUCCGUCGUCUUUUCCCAAUUUACCUCCUUCCUAGACCUCAUCGGUCCGCAACUUACCAAAGUCGGAAUUCAGUAUCUCCGACUGGAUGGCACAAUGCCACAGAAGGCCCGUGCUGCCGUCCUAGCCGAAUUUACAAAAGAAGAAAGCUACACAGACGACGAUAUCAUCGACCCAGAAGAUGACACUCCUGUAGGACAUAUUCGUUCGAAGACAGCACCUGCAACCCCACCAGCUUCAGUCCUCCUCAUCUCUCUUCGUGCUGGCGGUGUCGGCCUCAAUCUUACAGCAGCAAGCAACGUCUUCGUCAUGGAUCCUUGGUGGAGUUUCGCAAUCGAAGCCCAAGCUAUCGACCGUGUCCACCGAAUGGGUCAGACUCGUGAUGUCGUGGUCACACGCUUUGUGGUCAAGGACUCCAUUGAAGGUCGCAUGCUCCGCGUUCAGGAGCGUAAGAUGAAUAUUGCUGGAUCUCUUGGGUUGAGGGUUGGUGGUGAUGACGGGGACGAAGAUAAAAAGAAGGACAGGAUUGAGGAGUUGAAAAUGCUGUUCGAGUGA